UUUAUUUUAUUAAUAAUAUCAAUUUUUAUAAUUUUAAUUAUGUGUUAUUAUAGUAUAAAUAAUCCGAUAAAUACGUUAGAUUGCAUACUAAUGUAUUUGAUGCAAGUAUUAUGGAAAUAACUUGCUAUUUUUUUAUUUUGAGAUUGUUUCAUUAUCGUUUCCCGGCCUAUAAGUCCAGAGAAACAGCACGGUAAGUCGGUAACCGUCCAACGGGAGAAAAAAAAAUCAUAAUUUAAUAUUACUUUCCCUGCAAUUAUCUCCCAUUUCUGUUUUAUAAAUACGCCUUAUCCAGCCGCCCCAACAAAAUUCUCCAUUUCUCUCCUCUCCAUUUUCACACGAAGAAGAAGUGGGAGCUGGAAAAAAACAGUUUUCCCUUCUUCUUCUAAGCCGCCAUUGAUAACCGCCAUGGCUGAUUACACUACCAUUCUCUCUUUCCUCAUCCUUACUCUGUACACCCAACUACUUCCAGGAUAUGCAACAACAUUCAGUAUAACAAACAAUUGCGAUUACACAGUAUGGCCUGGAAUACUCUCAAAUGCAGGAAUCUCGCCAUUACCCACUACUGGAUUCUCUCUGCAAAAGGGCGAAUCAAAAUCCAUUAACCCACCUUCAAACUGGGCUGGCCGGUUCUGGGGUCGAACCUUCUGCUCAACCGAUGACAAAACCGGAAAAUUUUCCUGUUUAACUGGCGAUUGUGGAUCUGGUAAUAUGGACUGUUCCGGAUCCGGAGCAGCCCCACCCGCUACCCUCGCUGAGUUCACUCUGUCCGGGUCGGAUGGUUUGGAUUUCUAUGACGUCAGCCUUGUCGACGGCUACAAUUUAGCUAUGUUAGUGGCUCCACAUGGCGGUAGUGGGCCCAACUGUUCGUUCACCGGCUGUGUCAGUGAUCUGAAUAUCCAGUGUCCGUCGGAAUUGAAGGUGAUGAGUGAAGGGGAAGCAAACCCAGUCGCGUGUAAAAGCGCGUGUGACGCAUUUAAUACCCCACAAUAUUGUUGUAGUGGGGCCUACGGUUCGCCGGAUACAUGUAAACCGACCAGUUAUUCGGCGGCUUUCAAGAAGGCGUGUCCACGCGCUUAUAGUUACGCGUAUGAUGAUAAGAGUAGUACAUUUACUUGUGGUGGUUCUCCUGAUUAUACCAUCACUUUCUGCCCUUCUCCAACCACCAGUCAAAAGGCAUCAUCAUCAGAAGAUGAAGGUCCACCAUCAACAUCAGCAUCAUCAUCAAAUUUGAUAAUGAACAGUUCAAUGAUAUAUGAAGGUGCUUUAGACAUGUCAUCUUCACCGUCCACGUGUACUAAUCAUCUACUUUCCGGUGGGGUUACCGUCAUUUUAGCCUUUUGGUGGUUGUGGCAGCUCAUCUGAUUCACAUUCAGUGGACUUUAUUGUCUAUGAUGGCCAGCCAAUGUUACAUCUAACAAUUCUAACAUGUUGAAAUUCAUUUUCAUCAAUCAUUAUGGGCUUGUGAUGGGCCUUAUUGGGCCCUUUCAUGGGUUUGAUUGGUGGUGAAUGGACUGACUCAUUUAUAUAGAUGGAGGUUUUGAGAGUAUGAUUGAGAGAGAGAGAGAGAGAGAGAGAGAGAAAGAGGGGAGAGAGAAGAGAAUUUUGAUAUAUUUGGUGGGUGGUUGGAGAUUAUCUAUUGUUAGUAAUAGUAUUACUCAUUUUUAGAAUUGAAGUUCCAUGUUAUUUUUUUUAUGAUUUAUUUAUAUUUUUCUUUUUAGAUAUUAGACAAAUAGAUAGAUUAAUGGUUGUAAUAUACUAUCAUAUUAGUACUUCUAUAAUAAUAUAUAAAUUUGUUAUUGUUAAUAAAUUGCUAUUUCUACUGGUGUGA